AUGAACCGCAGUUUGUACGCGCCAUUUGUGGUGGCACUGGGCGUCGAUAUCAUGUGUUUGGUGUUGAUUAACUUCAUUUCGUCUCCCAUACUUUUCGCGGGCAACAGCAUUGCUAUAGUGCAAGACCAUGAUCCCGACGACCUGUCGUCGCCCCGGACCUCGCAAGAUGACACGCCACUACUUGCAGCAACACAGUCACCUCUCAAUGGUCAUAGGGAUAAAGUCACUCUUCGCAAUUCACUGAGCCGUUCUGUCGAAUCCAUUGCAAACGCAUACGUACUCUUUAAUCACUCGACUUCGAGAUUCUGCUUGGCUGCCUAUUUCUUGAAAAGGAUAGCAUUUGCCAGCGAAGGCUUCAUGUUCCAAUACGCAUCGGAGAAGUUCUCUUGGCCCCUGCAUCAAACUACAUGGCUCAGGGUCUCUCAAGCAUGUGGUGCAAUUACCGCCACGCUCAUCGUUUGCCCGCUUCUGACUUUCUACCUUUCCAAGAGAGGGGUUCCUUCUCGCAUCAUCGAUUUGAGCAUGAUUCGGUCAGCGUUGCUGAUCUUGAUGGUUUCUUUCUUUUCUGCCUGGCAAGCACCCUCAGCAAUUCUGUUCACCUUAUUUAUGAUAGGUUGUGGAUUGGGUGAAGGACUAGAGCCAUCGUUGCAGGGAUUGGUGACAUACAUUGUCAACACGAAACAGACUUUCAUGCUGUUCACCAUUCUUGCAGCGUGCGAUACGGUCGCAGAACUUAUUGGGGGCCCUCUGACCGCUGCAUUACUUCACAAAGGGCGCAAGCCUGGACAUGCCUCGGAUGGUUUUUGUUUCCUGAAUUCUUCGAUUAUAUUUGGAUUCCUUCUUUUAUAUUCUUUCUUAAUCAAAGCCAAGAGAUGA